GGCGCUCCACUGCCAGGCGGAUCUACGCGCUCGGCGCUCGCGGCGGGCGGAAGUGAGGUGCCGGCAGCUGGCGGCCGCGGAGCCUUCGGCGAGACCCACCCGGCCCAGUCUUUGCCGGCCGUGGGGAGCUGCAGGCUGGCUGGAGAUUACUUCUGUAACAGGCUCACCAGUUUGUUCCACAAAGCACAAUGUCUCGAUCACGACAACCCCCACUUGUGACCGGCAUCUCUCCAAAUGAAGGGAUACCAUGGACAAAGGUCACAAUCCGGGGAGAAAACCUGGGGACUGGCCCCACUGACCUUAUAGGCCUGACAAUUUGUGGCCAUAACUGCCUCCUGACGGCAGAAUGGAUGUCUGCAAGUAAAAUAGUAUGUCGAGUGGGACAAGCCAAAAAUGACAAAGGAGACAUUAUUGUCACCACUAAAUCAGGGGGCAAAGGAACCUCAACAGUCUCCUUCAAGCUGCUCAAACCUGAGAAAAUAGGCAUUUUGGAUCAGUCUGCUGUGUGGGUUGAUGAAAUGAAUUAUUAUGAUAUGCGUACUGACAGGAACAAAGGAAUUCCGCCCUUGUCCUUACGUCCUGCUAACCCCCUUGGCAUUGAGAUUGAAAAAAGUAAAUUUUCCCAGAAGGACUUAGAAAUGCUGUUCCAUGGAAUGAGUGCUGAUUUUACAAGUGAGAAUUUUUCAGCUGCCUGGUAUCUUAUAGAGAAUCACUCAAACACCAGUUUUGAGCAGCUCAAAAUGGCCGUCACCAACCUCAAGAGACAGGCUAACAAGAAGAGCGAGGGCAGCCUGGCCUAUGUGAAAGGCGGUCUUAGUACAUUCUUUGAAGCACAGGAUGCCCUCUCAGCCAUCCAUCAAAAACUAGAAGCAGAUGGAACGGAAAAAGUAGAAGGAUCCAUGACGCAGAAACUGGAGAAUGUUCUGAACAGAGCAAGUAAUACUGCGGACACAUUGUUUCAAGAAGUAUUAGGUCGGAAAGACAAGGCAGAUUCCACUAGAAAUGCACUCAAUGUGCUUCAGCGAUUUAAGUUUCUUUUCAACCUUCCUCUAAAUAUUGAAAGGAAUAUUCAAAAGGGUGAUUAUGAUGUCGUUAUUAAUGAUUAUGAAAAGGCCAAGUCACUAUUUGGGAAAACGGAGGUGCAAGUUUUCAAGAAAUAUUAUGCUGAAGUAGAAACAAGGAUUGAAGCUUUAAGAGAAUUACUUCUGGAUAAAUUGCUUGAGACACCAUCAACCUUACAUGACCAAAAACGUUACAUAAGGUAUUUGUCUGACCUUCAUGCCCCUGGUGACCCUGCUUGGCAAUGCAUUGGAGCCCAACACAAGUGGAUCCUUCAGCUCAUGCACAAUUGCAAAGAGGGCUACGUGAAAGACCUGAAAGGUAGCCCAGGCCUGCACAGUCCCAUGUUGGAUCUCGAUAAUGAUACCCGUCCCUCUGUGUUGGGCCAUCUCGGUCAGACAGCGUCCCUGAAGAGAGGCAGCAGCUUUCAGUCUGGUCGAGACGACACGUGGAGAUAUAAAACUCCCCACAGGGUGGCCUUUGUUGAAAAAUUGACCAAGCUUGUCUUAAGCCAGCUGCCUAACUUCUGGAAGCUCUGGAUCUCCUACGUUAAUGGAAGCCUCUUCAGUGAGACUGCUGAGAAGUCAGGCCAGAUUGAAAGAUCAAAGAAUGUAAGGCAAAGACAAAAUGAUUUUAAGAAAAUGAUUCAGGAAGUAAUGCACUCGCUGGUGAAGCUGACCCGCGGAGCACUGCUCCCCCUCACCAUCCGGGAUGGGGAAGCCAAGCAGUACGGAGGCUGGGAGGUGAAGUGCGAGCUCUCCGGACAGUGGCUCGCUCACGCCGUCCAGACCGUCAGGCUUACUCAUGAAUCAUUGACUGCCCUUGAAAUUCCUAAUGACCUGUUACAGACUAUCCAGGAUCUCAUUUUGGAUCUCCGAGUACGUUGCGUAAUGGUCACAUUGCAGCACACGGCGGAAGAAAUAAAGAGAUUAGCUGAAAAGGAAGACUGGGUUGUUGAUAAUGAAGGACUGACUUCUCUACCAUGUCAGUUUGAACAGUGCAUCGUGCGCUCUCUACAGUCACUGAAGGGUGUUCUGGAGUGCAAGCCAGGAGAGGCCAGCGUCUUUCAACAACCUAAAACACAGGAGGAGGUUUGCCAACUAAGCAUCAAUAUCAUGCAGGUUUUUAUAUACUGUCUGGAACAGUUGAGCACCAAACCUGAUGCAGACAUAGAUACUACACAUCUCUCUGUUGACGUUUCUUCCCCUGAUUUGUUUGGAAGUAUCCAUGAAGACUUCAGCUUGACCUCUGAACAGCGCCUUUUGAUAGUCCUAAGUAAUUGCUGCUAUCUAGAACGUCACACCUUCCUAAAUAUUGCAGAACAUUUUGAAAAGCACAACUUCCAGGGAAUAGAAAAAAUAACAGAGGUUAGCAUGGCAUCAUUGAAAGAACUAGAUCAAAGACUCUUUGAAAAUUACAUCGAGUUGAAAGCAGAUCCCAUCGUUGGUUCCUUAGAACCUGGAAUUUAUGCAGGCUAUUUUGAUUGGAAAGACUGCCUGCCUCCAACAGGUGUCAGAAACUAUUUAAAAGAAGCACUGGUGAAUAUAAUUGCUGUGCACGCAGAGGUGUUCACUAUUUCCAAAGAACUGGUCCCUCGGGUACUAUCCAAGGUGAUAGAAGCAGUUUCUGAAGAGCUCAGUCGACUGAUGCAGUGUGUUUCAUCCUUCAGCAAAAAUGGAGCUUUGCAGGCAAGACUGGAAAUCUGUGCUUUGAGGGAUACUGUGGCUGUUUACCUGACACCUGAAAGCAAGUCUAGUUUCAAGCAGGCUUUGGAAGCCCUGCCCCAGCUUUCCAGUGGAGCAGAUAAAAAGUUACUGGAAGAGCUCCUGAACAAGUUCAAGAGUAGCAUGCACUUGCAGCUCACCUGUUUCCAAGCAGCCUCUUCAACCAUGAUGAAAACAUAAAUACCUGCCAAAUAAGGGAAGUCCAGGAAAAUACAAACUUCGAAAGUUGUUGGUAUACAUUGCACUUCAACUAAAAUGAUGUCAUUUGAAAUGCCCAAGAAGUAUUUGUUUUGCCAUUCUUGUUAGAUCAGAUCCUGUAUGACUUUACCUUUAA